GGGGCGGACGGACCGGAGGGCGAGCGGCCCAGCCGGCGGGGUCCGCAGCGCGCCUGGCGUCCCAUGGAUAGCAACAGGUCCUGAGUCGCUGGAGAGGUGCUUCCCUCGCGGGCAGACGGACUGCGCCAAGAUGUUGGACGGCAUCAAGAUGGAGGAGCACGCCCUACGCCCCGGGCCCGCCACCCUGGGUGUGCUGCUGGGCUCCGACUGCCCGCAUCCCGCCGUCUGCGAGGGCUGCCAGCGGCCCAUCUCCGACCGCUUCCUGAUGCGAGUCAACGAGUCGUCCUGGCACGAGGAGUGUUUGCAGUGCGCGGCAUGUCAGCAAGCCCUCACCACCAGCUGCUACUUCCGGGAUCGGAAACUGUACUGCAAACAAGACUACCAACAGCUCUUCGCGGCAAAGUGCAGCGGCUGCAUGGAGAAGAUCGCACCGACCGAGUUCGUCAUGCGGGCGCUCGAGUGUGUGUACCACCUGGGCUGUUUCUGCUGCUGUGUGUGUGAGCGGCAGCUGCGGAAGGGCGAUGAGUUCGUGCUCAAGGAAGGCCAGCUGCUGUGCAAGGGUGACUACGAGAAGGAGAAAGACCUCCUCAGCUCCGUGAGCCCGGACGAGUCUGACUCUGUGAAGAGUGAGGAUGAAGAUGGAGACAUGAAGCCAGCCAAAGGGCAGGGCAGCCAGAAUAAGGGCAGUGGGGAUGACGGGAAGGACCCGAGAAGGCCCAAACGGCCCCGGACCAUCCUCACCACACAGCAGCGAAGAGCUUUCAAGGCUUCGUUUGAGGUCUCCUCCAAGCCCUGUCGGAAGGUCCGAGAGACACUAGCCGCAGAGACAGGCCUCAGUGUGCGUGUGGUCCAGGUCUGGUUUCAGAACCAAAGAGCAAAGAUGAAGAAGCUGGCCCGGAGGCACCAGCAACAGCAAGAACAGCAGAACUCCCAGCGGCUGGGCCAAGAGGUUCUGUCAAGCCGCAUGGAGGGCAUGAUGGCCUCCUACACGCCGCUGGCCCCUCCGCAGCAGCAGAUCGUGGCCAUGGAGCAGAGCCCCUACGGAAGCAGCGACCCCUUCCAGCAGGGCCUCACGCCGCCCCAAAUGCCAGGUGACCACAUGAACCCCUAUGGGAAUGACUCCAUUUUCCACGAUAUCGAUAGUGAUACCUCCCUCACCAGCCUCAGCGACUGCUUCCUCGGCUCUUCCGACGUGGGCUCCCUGCAGGCCCGUGUGGGGAACCCCAUCGACCGGCUCUACUCCAUGCAGAGCUCCUACUUUGCCUCCUGAGAGCCAGCUGGGCCGCGUGGACGCUUGGGCCUGGGCCUAGGGUGGGACCACAGGCCUCUGCAGCCAGCCGGCCCCCCAGCCCGCCACCCGCUCAGACUCUACAGACAGCCAUACGGUGCCCUCCCCUCGGCCAGCCAGACCUGGCUCAAGUGCCCGCUGGGCACAGCCAGACAAGGCAGAUGGGUGCAGCCUGGGCAGGGACUGUGUCCUGCCCACAGAGACCUUGUGACCCCUGGGGACCCAGAGCUCUUGGACAGCCACUUGCCUCCCAGCCCUGUGACUUCAUCACUACCUUCCCCGUCCCCAACUCUUUUUUGGGGAAGCUUAAAUUUGUUCUUUCGUUGUUUUUUUAAACAUUCUGUUUUCAGCCAACCUCCAUUGUCCCUGCAAGGCCAGCCCUGGGACAGUGCCUGGUACCUGAGAAACAGUUAUACGGGUGUCCUGCGCUGGAGACCACUUCCCCUUCUGGUCAGCGCAGGGGAUGGUUUCUGGGUCCUAGGAGGCCCAGGGUCACUGUUUCCAGCUCUAAGCUGGAGCACGGGAGAGGAGGGCCCAUGCAGGUGUGGCAGGCUCUUUGGCCCUGCCUGAACUAGGAGUCUCCACAAGAGGAGGGAUGUGGACAGAGCCCAGAGAGACCCAGAGGGACAGAGAUGCACACGUAAAGCCACACACACCUGAAGGCACGCCUGUGCAAGCAUGCAUGUACACCUGGGUGCACGGGCACACGCAGUGGAAGAGGUUGCCAUUCCUUCCAGGAAGCAGAGCGAGGUCAGUGGGCAGGGCCUACCUCUGAGAGCAAUUGGAGAGGGAGGAGGGAAGGGAGGCCUG